AUGCCAGCUCAGAAGAAAUCCAACCUCACCAACGGCAAGCGCGAUGCAAGCUGGGUCAAAGUCCCUUCCGGCGGGCCCCAACUUCCCAACGGCUCCUCUGCGAAGCAGGACAAGCGAUCCCCUGCUGACGAUGGCAACGGCAUCUUGGACCUUGAGCUCGAUGAGCUCAGCGCGCUGCUCGAGCCCGUUGGCGUCAACGGCUGUGGCGGAAAGAGCGACCGCAGGUGA